AUGGAGAAGACCAACGAAGGCCAAAUCGGCGAAAAUUGGGAAGAGAACACUACAAGAGUGCCAAAUGCCAAUGAAAUCCAUGGUCGUGCCAUCCAGCAGCAGGAGCACAAUCGUUCCUACUGGCAAACGCUCAACAAGGACCCUUGGCUUCUGUCCUGGAUCGGUCUCAUGCUAUGGACUCUUAUCGUGCGUGGCUUUGAAAAUCAGUCCGCAGGCUCGGUGAUCAGUAUUGCGGAAUUCAAGCGCCGUUUCGGCAAGGUUGAUGCGGAUGGGAGCUAUUUCAUCGAGACAAAGUGGCAGUCGGCUCUCAGCGGCGGUGGAAAUGCUGCUGCUAUUCUCGGUGCUUGGGUCUCGUCAUAUCUGGCUGAUAUCUUCGGUACCAAGCCGAUCCUGAUCACUGCCUGCGCCAUUAACAUCGCUUCUGUCGGCGUGGAGUUCGCUACUACAUCAAUUGGAAUGUUCUUCGGAGGCAAGAUGAUGAACUUUGUGGCGAUUGGUGUCUUCCUUAACCUUUGCACGGCUUAUGUUGCUGACAUUUCGCCGCUCGCGAUCCGUGCAUCUGUGAUCGGUUUCUGUAACCUCUCACAGUGCAUUGGACCCUUCAUCUCCGCAAUUAUGACGUAUUAUACCUCGCAAUGGGACAACGAUUGGUCGUGGAAGGCGCUUAUAUGCGCUCAAUGGGGAUUCGCUGUCAUUGGCUUCAUCGGGCAACUCUUCAUGCCAGAGUCACCAAUCUAUCUUGUCCGGAAGGGCAAAAUUGAGGCUGCACGCAAGGUGCUUGGUCGUCUUUACUCCGAGCCUAGCGAUGCGGACGGCCAUCUGGAGCGAAUCAAGCUUACUCUGGAGGAAGCCGAAUCGAAGCAGGAAUCAACGUAUAUCGAGUGUUUCCGCGGCACUAAUCUUCGACGAACUUUGAUUGCUAUUCUUGUGUUCCUGGCAGAGCCGAUGGCUGGCCUGGGAUUCGUUCAAAACUACGGCUCUCUGAUGUAUCAAUAUCUUGGUAUCGGAGACCGCCAGUCUUUCCUUCUUCAGAUCGGCGCCCAGAUCUUGUCUAUCUCUGGCGCGACCUGCUCUUUCCUGAUCGGUGACUUUUUUGGUCGACGCCCGAUGUUCCUAUGGGGCUGUAUCAGCUUGACUAUCCUAUUGCUUUGCAUGGGUAUCUCAGGAUCAGUAACUAGUACUCCCGGCGUGACCGCCGCUGUCGGCUUUUAUACAAUGUAUAACUUUUUCUUUAACAUCGGCGUUGGGUCAAAUGUCUACGCAAUCGCCGGCGAAGUGCCAACCUCUAUCUUGCGAACCAAAACCCUCGCCAUCUCACUGAUCGUCUCCAACGCCGUAAACACGAUGUGGUCAUUUGUCGCUCCCUACAUCUUCAACCCCGGCUACGGCAAUCUGAAGGCCAAGAUUGGCUUCGUGUUUGGAGGAUUCAUGGUCUUUUUCAUCCUUGGUGCCUACUUCUGUGUUCCCGAAACUCGCAUGCGCACCUAUGAGGAGUUGGAUGAGCUGUUCAUGAAUCGGGUGCCUACUCGGCAAUUCAAGAAAUAUGUUACUGUGGCCGAGCGACGCGCCGCGGAGGCCUACGCUACGGAGCACAAACUGCCUGAGCCCAGACCGUCCGAGCAGGAGCGAGAGGUCUGA